AUGUCCUCCUCAUGGAGAAAGUACGAGACCCGUAAGAGAGACCCAAACCCUAAAAACGUCGCACUUCUCGUCAUCGAUUUACAAAACUACUUCUCCUCCAUGGCCAAGCCUAUCCUCCACAACGCUCUCACCACCAUCGACCUCUGCCGACGCGCCUCUAUCCCCGUAUUCUUCACGCGCCACGUCCACAAAUCCCUUACUACUGACACAACCAUGCUCGGUGAGUGGUGGAACGGUGACCUGAUCCUCGACGGCACCCCUGACUCCGAGCUUAUAGCUGAGAUCGGUCGCCAAGUUAAAGGACAAGAAGAGGUCGUGGAGAAGAACACGUACAGUGGGUUUCACAACACGUGUCUCCAGGAGAAGCUGGUGGAGAUUGGAGUUGAGGAAGUGAUCGUGAUUGGUGUGAUGACGAAUCUUUGCUGUGAGACGACGGCGCGUGAGGCGUUUGUUAGAGGGUUUAGAGUUUUCUUCUCGACGGAUGCGACUGCUACGGUUAAUGAGGAGCUUCACCAUGCAACUCUCAUGAAUCUAGCUUAUGGCUUUGCUUAUUUCGUGGACUGCGAUAGACUCAGGCGUGGGCUUUUACGUAAUUAA